UGGGGUCUUCUCUGAUGGGAACUUCACCUACAUCGUGGAGCCCCUCGAGAUGGCCAGGCCUCCGGAACGCCCCCAGGGACCCCUCCCCCACCUCAUUUACCGGACCCCUCUCCUCCCAGCCCCCCUCGGAUGCAGGGAACCAGGCUGCCUAUUUGCUGCCCCUGCGCAUUCUGCUCCUGUGAACCGGCCGAGGCUGAGAAGGAAAAGGUCCGCCGGGGCCACCCUACUGUGCACAGUGAGACCAAGUACGUGGAGCUGAUCGUGGUCAACGACCACCAGCUGUUUGAGCAGAUGCGCCAGUCGGUGGUCCUCACCAGCAACUUUGCCAAGUCCGUUGUGAACCUGGCAGAUGUGAUGUACAAGGAGCAGCUCAACACCCGCAUCGUGUUAGUUGCCAUGGAAACGUGGGCAGAUGGGGACAAGAUCCAGGUGCAGGAUGACCUCCUGGAGACCUUAGCUCGGCUCAUGGUCUAUCGGCGGGAGGGUCUGCCUGAGCCCAGUGAUGCCACUCAUCUCUUCUCGGGCAGGACUUUCCAGAGCACCAGCAGUGGGGCCGCCUACGUGGGGGGCAUCUGCUCGCUGUCCAGGGGUGGGGGUGUGAAUGAGUACGACAACAUGGGGGCUAUGGCAGUGACCCUGGCCCAAACACUGGGGCAGAACCUGGGCAUGAUGUGGAAUAAACACCGGAGCUCAGCAGGGGACUGCAAAUGCCCGGACAACUGGCUGGGCUGCAUCAUGGAGGACACUGGAUUCUACCUGCCCCGCAAGUUCUCGCGCUGCAGCAUCGACGAAUACAACCAGUUUCUGCAGGAGGGAGGUGGGAGCUGUCUCUUCAACAAGCCCCUCAAGCUCCUGGACCCGCCUGAGUGUGGGAACGGCUUCGUGGAGGCGGGAGAGGAGUGCGACUGUGGCUCGGUGCAGGAGUGCAGCCGUGCGGGCGGGAAUUGCUGCAAGAAAUGCACCCUGACUCACGAUGCCAUGUGCAGCGACGGGCUCUGCUGUCGCCGCUGCAAGUACGAGCCGCGAGGUGUGUCCUGUCGAGAGGCCGUGAACGAAUGCGACAUCGCGGAGACCUGCACCGGGGACUCGAGCCAGUGUCCCCCUAACCUGCACAAGCUGGAUGGUUACUACUGCGAUCAUGAACAGGGCCGCUGCUAUGGAGGUCGCUGCAAAACCCGGGACCGGCAGUGCCAAGCCCUUUGGGGCCAUGCGGCUGCUGAUCGCUUCUGCUAUGAGAAGCUGAACGUGGAGGGGACAGAGCGUGGGAACUGUGGACGCAAGGGGUCAGGCUGGGUCCAGUGCAAUAAACAGGACGUGCUCUGUGGCUUCCUCCUCUGUGUCAACAUCUCAGGAGCUCCGCGACUGGGAGAUCUGGGGGGAGACAUCAGCAGUGUCACCUUCUACCACCAGGGCAAGGAGCUGGACUGCAGGGGUGGCCACGUCCAGCUGGCCGACGGCUCCGACCUGAGUUACGUGGAGGACGGCACAGCCUGUGGGCCCAACAUGCUGUGUCUGGAUCAUCGCUGCCUGCCCGCCUCGGCCUUCAACUUCAGCACCUGCCCCGGCAGCGGGGAACGCCGGAUCUGCUCCCACCACGGAGUCUGCAGCAACGAAGGGAAGUGCAUCUGUCAGCCCGACUGGACAGGCAAAGACUGCAGCAUUCACAACCCCCUACCCACGUCUCCACCCACGGGGGAGACGGAGAGAUACAAGGGUCCCAGUGGUACCAACAUCAUCAUCGGCUCCAUCGCCGGGGCUGUCCUGGUUGCAGCCAUCGUCCUGGGCGGCACAGGCUGGGGAUUUAAAAACAUCCGCCGGGGAAGGUACGACCCGACCCAGCAGGGGGCAGUGUGACGCCGGCCACGUCAUCCCUCCCGCUGUCCCUGUCUCCUCCAUCUCAUUCGUCACCUCACAUUCUGUUGAUGGGGGAGCCAGGGGCUGAUUCCCUGCUGUCACUGCUGUCACUACAGGGGUGGGAGAGCCCCGCGCCGGGAAGAAGCCCUCAGCCUGCCCUUGCCCCUUCCUCCUGCCCACCUGCUCUCCCAGGCCUUGGUCCACUUCCUCCUGCCCUUCCAAUGGCCACAUCACCCCUGCCCAGGUGGGCCCUGGAGCUGUGUCCCCUGCAGCCCCCACCCCCCGGGAGGGGAGCCUACCUCUGCGUCCCAUCUGUUGUGUCUUCCAUGUCACCGCUGUCUGAACUUCCCACCAGAUCCCCUCCCUGGCCAGCCUGUGACUUGCCGCCUCUAGGGCCCAGCACUGACCUCCCAGGGCCCGGCUCAGGGGCUCUCCCUCUGGGCCCUGCCUCACCUCCUCCCCUGAUGCCCCCUCUCCGUUCCAGGUCCGGAGGGGCCUAAGUGCCACCCCCCUCCCUCCGAGCCUGGCGCCCACCGUCUCCACCCUGAACCACGAGGCUGCCCCCGCCCAGCCACGGAGGGAGGCACCAUGCAAAUGUCUUCCAGGCCCAAGCCCUUCAACUCCUGGUCCCAGGGGGGUUUGGGCGGGGGACUGUGGCCCUGCCCGUCACCACCAGGGUGGACCAGGCCUUUCCCUCAUGGGCUCUUGCCCCACCUCAUGCGGCUUUGGCCUUGCACACCAACUCUCCCUGUGUGAAUGUAGCUUCCAUCGUCAUGGAUUGCCGCAGCUCGAGGUGGGGGAAGGGGCUCGAGGGAUGCUCCCCAGUGGGCAUGGCCUGGGAAGGCCCCUCUUCAAAACCAGGCAGCUGGGACCAGGGUUUUAGCGCUCUGGGACUUACUUAGGGGGAGGGAGCUGACAUCUACACUUUUUUUUUUUUUAACUGAAUCUUAACUGAUGAAUGUAACUUUGGGGGUGCUGGGGCGAGGGAAGUUGUGGGGAUACUUUGACAUUUCCAGGAGGGACCAGAGGAACUGAGGCCUGGCCCUUCCCGGGGCCCUUCCCCUGGAUGAUCACACCUGGAAUCCUCUCAUUGAACACAGCCGUCCCCAAGCCACGCAGGGGUAGGGCGUCCUUGCUUGCCCCUCGGCCCAGCCCUGCUGAGCUUGGAGAGCAGAAUGAGCGCUGAUUCAAACCAAAGCUGCCUGUUCUGUGCCCAAGGCCUCGGUCAUGGGUGCGACGACCACAUGUCCCAGAUUGUCUUCAAUUUCAAAGUGACCAUCCUGCUGUCCCUGCCGGGACGCAUGUAUUUGGGGGUCUAGAAAAUACAGUCCCUGAACUAAAAUGGCACCUUCCCCCUUUUAAGAAGGGUGAUUCCGGGGCUGACUCAGGGUUUAGAUGCCCCCCAGAGGCACCUAGAGGUCCCAGGCCAUCUUCCCAGGGAGGAUUCUCCCAAGCAGGAAAAGCCAGGGAUGGCCCAGUGACUGGAGGGUAAGGGGUUUUGCCUGUGAUGUACAAGAGGAGGUAAGAAAAGGCGGGUCUCCUGUCUGAUCCUCAGCUUCUAGAAAAGUCCUCCAGGCCCUGUCAAACCCAUUCUGCUCCUUACCCCCCAUUCCAGGGCUGAGUAGUAAGUUUACAGUUGUUCUCCCAUUACGUCCUCUGAGUCCCACGGCAGCUGAGCCUGAGAGACGGGCGGAGGCCGUAGGGGUUCCUCGACCCUCCCACAAACUCAGUCCUGCCCAUGGCCUUCCCUCAAGGCCCAUGGCACAGUGGAGCCUUGGCUCGACUGCUGAAAACCAGCUGGCAAGGGCGAGAUGGGGAUCAAGCUACCUUAUGAGAUGAAAGCCACAAAUGAGCAGAGCCCCGCUCCCCAGGAAUACCCCACCCAGACUCCGCAGGGGUUUCUGAACACCCCAGGGCCUUCGAGUGGUUAUGGUCUCUCUGUUUCUGGGGCAUCCGUGAGGAGGAAAAGGCUCCUUGUUUAUCUGCACCAUCCCUCAGGGCAAACUGGGGACUGGGACCCAUUGACACCCUUUUGGGUGGCCGGAUGUGGCUACAGUGGGGUCCUCAAUACUGCGGUCCAGCUGGCACUGCCCAAGAGAAGGGGUGGGCGGGGCACCAUCCGGCCAGGCCUGCCCCACCAGCCCCACAAGCAGGAGGGGAAGGGCUGGGGUUCGCACUGCUGCUUCCGGACACUCUCUGGUGGUACAAGCGUUUGAAUCCACAUCUCUGCACGAGUGUGAAUACCUCUAGACACGCAGACAUGCCUGUGUGGGCACACACGUGGGGAGCGGGCGUGGGGACGUGCGGGACUCAAGACUUCCUGUGACCAGCCCACCGGGCUCCCAACUGUCUGCAUCCUCCCGCCCCCUCUGGGCAGUGCCCACCCCAGCAGCACCCAGGGAGGAGCAGAGGCCACACUGGCCCGGGCCUGGAGCUGGCUCCAUACAGCAUCCUGUAAAUAUGUCAUCGGGGGCUCGGGGUGGGCAGGCAGGGACAAGAACAUCAAUUAAAGAUCAUGUCCUGGGGCUUCCACGGAGCUCACACCAA